CACGAGCCUGACGCACAGAUGCCGAACUCUGUGAACUGAGCUGAACGCGAUGGGGACGCCAUUUAGACGGUUUUCCCUCUGGGAGACCCCAAAACAGACCGGGUCUUAUAUAACAGUGAAACCUAUAGGAUCAGGACUUCAGGGUAAGUGGCUUCUGGACUAGAUUGCCAGUUAUUUGAGAUCUCAGCUCUUGAAAUGUUGAAAAGCUGAAACUGGCGGCCAUUUUUGGGUCAAUUUCAGAGUUUUUUGGGCCUUUUCUGGUCGUGUUUGAUUCUUGUAUUUUCCUGAAUACUUCAAUGCUUUGGCAGUUUUCUCAGGUCUGAUGAGUAAAGCCGAGGGAGUUAGAUCCAUACGUAGACUAAUGUGUGUUUUUCUUCAAUCUGUAUCAAGAAAAUCUGUCAAAUUCACAUUUUUAUGUCCGAAAAUACCAACAGAGAGCCGAGAGGUUUCAGACACAGAGAGAAAAUUUUCAUGCAAUUUGUGGUAUUUCUUUCUUCUUGUUUUCUCCAAACAUUUGGUCCAAACUCAACUCUUUUAAAGAUUUAUAUUCAGGUGAGCUUUUCUGUGUUUUGUGCAGAUCCUGCCAAGUGCAUGAUUUUGACUCCUGCCCCACUUCUGUCUUCAUCUGGUGAAACGUUUGGACUCUGAUGGUUUUAUAGUCCUUUUCUAACUUUUAAUAGCGCCCCGGUGGCAUCGAGAGGAGUCCUAAAAAGAUAUCAGGCUCCUCCUCAGCGGGGCCUGAUUUACAGGGAGAAGCUGGCAGGGGAUGAUGAUAUUUCAGGCGCUUGGGGGGCGAUUGGUCUGAGGAUCCUGCAUUUCCAUAAACAGGAUCUCCAUAUCCAUGUCUGAGCCCUCUCAUAUAUAAACACCGCAGAGGGAACUUCUUCACACCGCCCCUGUCCUCUGUGUCCUCUUUGACUCUCUGUCUUCUUCGUAGGUGAGACCUGUUUUUCUCUCCUCCUCCUCCUCUGCCUCCUCUUCCUCCCUGCAUGCCUGAGCAGAGCCGCUUAAUGGAUACCGAGCAGCUGAGUGGAGUUUAUUGAGAGUUUUUUUGGGGAGACCCGCUAAUGUGAUAGAAGUCCUGACCUCCGGGGUUGAAAGAUAAGUGAACGGAAAUGUGAUCCUGGAUGAAGAAGGCUGAAUGCUGCUGCUGCAGAGUGAAUGAAGGCUGUUGUUGUUGUUGAUGGAGCUUUAAAGAGAAAAUGUGAAAGCUUUUGCAAAAGCUUGAAAAUAUGUUUUUCCUACUUUUGCACGAACACAAAGAUUGAUUUCUGCAAAUGUUUUUUUCUUUCUGACACUGCAAGUAUACAACCGGACGACCAGAAUCUUAUGGAUUAUUUACUGCAUGAGAAUGAUGGGAUGGUUUUUAUUGACCAAAGUCAUCGGUUGUAUUUUAGCAGUAAUUGAGCUUAAAUUUAAACUUAAAAAAAAAAAAAUUCAGAAAUUUUCCAGAAACUUUUGUGUUUUUAAGCAGAAAUGAAGCCAAACGGCAGUGUGCUAAAUCUAACAAAAAAAAGUGAUAUUCAGGAAAUGAUUGUUGGAAAAGUUGAUUUUUUUUUGGCAGAAAUUCAGUUUGAGUGGCUCUAAAAUUAUAUAUCCAGAUAUAAUUGUUGUUGUUUUUGUAAGCUUCUGGCUGUUUUUAUAGCACAGAAAUAUACAUUUUGCUCUGAAAUUGGACUUAAAAUAUUUGGUUUGAAAAAAAAAAACAUAUUUAGUAAACUUGAAAUGGCAAAAAUAUCGCUUGCUUUCGUAAAAAAUUCAAUUAAAAAAUGUCAGAUUUCCAGUCAACAAAGGAUAACUCAAAGCUUUUAAUUAAAAAAGAAAAGAUUUAAGUUUAAGUUUGGUAAAGGCUCAGUCAGAAGAUUAAAAAACUGGAAAUAGUAAACUCAAGAUCAUCACUUGUUUUGACAGGAGUUGUUUUACAGUGCAGUGUGAUUCAGAGACAUUGAACUCAUGUGCAGUUCUCAAAGCAUCCUCUAGAAAUUGUCAAAUCAAAGACAGAAAACUUAAACAAGUUAUUUUAACUGAGACAUGUUUUACAGUGCAUUGACCUUAUAAAACAUGUUGAGUUUAUUUAUUUCUCAGACUUUGGUUGGUUUGAUGCAUAAUCUAGAAAUUUUAAACCAAAAUGAAAAAUUUUAAAAUAUGUUAUAUCCUACUUUACCGAGUAAGUUUUUAUAGAAUCACAGUUAAGUUUUUUAAUUAUUAUUAUUUGAUUUCAGGAGUGGAACUAUUAUUUGAAAUUUUAAAAUCAAAACUAAAGUGCUGUCACCAUUAAAUUGCUUAAGUGAUCAGAAAUGAUUUUACAGUGCAUUUUGCAUUUUAAAUAAAUUAAUUCAGUUAAUUUUGAAGAUUUGAUUCCUGGAACUAUUUUUGAUUCAUGCCCGGUCCAUGAAUAUUAAAAUCAAAACUAAAACAUUGUCAACUCAGGAUAAUUAAUUUAUACUGUAAUAAAAAUUAUACAACAGCGCUGAGAAUCUGUCAAUGUAAGAUAACUUAUUUUGAUCACAGGUACACGGUAGGGAUAUUUUUACAGUGCAUUGCCAUUUAGUGAUUAAGUUUGUUUUUGAAAUUGAUGCACAGACUUCAACUUCUAUCAUUGCUCGGUCUGAAAAAUUCAACAACUAAAAAAACUUAUCAAAAGCUUAACAGCGGAAGAGAAUUAUAUGAGUUCUUAUUUUUACAGAAUAUUUUUUACGGUGUAAUAUAAUGCAAAAAAAUGUUAAUUCAGAAAUUCCAUCAACAGACACUUUUUAAUGCCUGGACUUAAAACUUUAAUAUUUUAACUUAAACACAUUUAAAGCUUUAAAAUAGCUUAAAACCCUACAGGAGUAGUUAUUUUAACAGAUUUUUUUUUUUUACAGUGUAGUAUCAGUCAAUCAAAUGUGAAUUAGUUUAUCUUAAAAUUGGAUUCCUAGAUCUGGAACUAUAGCAAUGCCAGUCUUCAAAUGUUAAAACUUAAGUUUUAAGCUGAUUUAAAGCUUAAAAAUAGCUUAAAAGCCCUCAAGAUUGCUUAUUUCAACAGUAAUAUUUUUACAGUGUUAAGACUUUCUAAAAUAACAUCAAUUUAUUCAAAAACUCCAUCCUUAGACUUGGACUUCGAUCAAUGCCUGGUCUUGAAAUUUUUAGUUUUAGCUUAAAAGUUCAUUAAAAAGGUUUACGUAGCUGGAAAGUCAAAUGGGAUUUGUUAUUAUAACAGAAAUAUUUUUACAGAGAUGUCAUUUAAAAACAUGUUGUUUAGAUUUGGUAGGAAAUUAUAUAGACUUGGAAUUUUAUUAGUGUCUGAUCUUUAUUUAAAAACUGUCUGAUAGAACUUUUUAACAAAAUGUAACUUAUUCUUACAGAUUAUUUUUUACAGUGUGUUGUCAUUCAUCACAACAUACUUUAUAACUUCUGGGUGUUCAUCAUAGAUUUCAAAGGUUAGGUUUAUAAUUAGUGACAUGUUUUUUUGAAGCAAGUUUAACAGUGAGUGUGAACACUGUAAAAGUUGUUAAUUUUAGCCGUUGAAUUAUCUUGAGGUUUCCUUGUUUGGCUUCAACUCGGACAUAAUGAGAUGGAGCCUCGAUUAUUUAUAGAGGAGAAUAACUUGAAAUCUGAGUCUUCCCUUAGAGAUUUGUUUUGCAUUGCGUCUGUGUUCGUGUGUGUGUGUGUGUGUGUGUGUGUGUGUGUGUGUACGUGUACAGACAGCCGGGUGUGUUGGCGGCGAACUCGCUGCCGCAGCACAUUCUGCCGCAGGGUUCCCUCCCCGUGAAAGGAAUUGAAGUGUUAACUCUCAGAGGAGAUUUGGUUUUGAACACCUGUAAAGGAGCUUAUCGCGGGCGUCAGAGGUGACAUCUGACCUCCAAACUCCAAACUUAGCUCUGUCACCACUCAGCUGCUCAUCAACUGUUUUAAUAGCUCACAUUUCAUCCUCAGGAUCUGAUAUUUAAGCUGACAGCAGAUGAUGGCAGCGUUUAUUCUCUCUCUCUCCGCUCAGUGUGUUUCUCCUGUUUUUCUUCUUCAAACAGGCUCUGAAGAAAAGAAACCGCCAACAUGUCUGAGUGAGUUUCCUUUUUCACAUUUAUAUCGCUAAUCUAGAGCUGUGGGAGUCAUUCGCCGGUUUGUUAAGUUCUGAUUGUUCAGUUAAAAGUUGAGAAAACUGAUGCUUUAAGGAUGUGCUGGGAUCAGCAGGGGCGUCUUUAGACUUUUCUGACCAGGGUGCCCCAGCUCAGGUCCUGCAGGGGGGGCAUGAAGUCUGGUAUUAGGAAGUGUGAACAUGCAGAGGUUGAAAAAAAAACAAAAAAACAUGCUGACACAAAAGUUCUGAAACAGCACAACUUGAGUGCAGUAGUCCAGAUUAAGUGAAAAUUAUUAUUAUUUUUUAAAGCUAAUGGAUUGAUCUCUGAAGGUGGGCGUGGCCUAACCUGUAGCAAAAAUAUCGUAAAAUGAUCAUUCCUGUAGAGCUAUUGAGAAAAUAAAAAGUUAAAAUGCAUUUUAAAAGUUUGACACCAAAAUCUUUCAAAUGUCAAUUUUGAAAACACAUCCAAACAUCAUGUUAUCAUUAUAUUAGAAUUGAAAAAUUACCAGGUCUGUGUUUUGUAGAUUUAAAUGUGUUCUUUUAUUUAACUUUUAUUAACUAAUACAUGUGCAGUUUUUAAAAAAAAAAAACUAAACAUUUAAACUAAAAAACUUUCAGAUAACUUUUUAACAAAAAGGCUAAAUCAGAGAAAUUUUGUUUUCUUGAGUUGUUCUUUCUUUUCCAUUUUUGUCUUUGCUGAAAACUUUUGUUAAUGCACCAGACAGAUGCUUCAACUUUUACUCUCCCUAUCUGUCCAUCUUUACACUGUAAGGACUUAAACAUAAGAAAGUCCAGCAAAAGUAAUCAAGGAGGCACCAAAAAAAAACCAUCUGUAAUAUUAAACAGUGACCAAAACUUCUUUUUGUAUCACACUGUUUAAAAAAAAAAAAAACGGAAUAAAAAUAAUUGUCUUCUCCUUUUUUUCUCGACCCUGACAGCAAGAAGAUGACCUCCAGCCGCAGGCAUCAUCUGAAGGUAAAAAGACUCUCAGUGCUGAAGCUGCUGCUGGUUUGAUGAUGUACAAAAACAGAACUGAACUUUCUCUACUAUAUUUAUUUUUACUGAAUAUUUGAGGACUGUUGGACCUGAAACAUACGAAUAUUACCAUGAGAAAAGUAUGGAAAAACCCUAAAUGAUUUUUUUUAUAUUUGUACAGUGUCGUGUUGUGGUUUUGUUGUGGUUUUGUUGUGGUUUCUCCUCUUGUUUGUGUCGUUGUUUAUCUGUGGGAGGGAUUCUGAAACUGAGUCUACAUACUGAUCUUUUCUGGUGACUUGGUCGGUCUUGUGAAGUCUCCGAUAGUCUCCUUCACAGCUUUGAAAGCAGCAGAGGGAAUUGAAAGAAAGGCCUUGAGGCGCCCUCUGCUGGUGCAAUCUGUCAAACACGGUUUAAAGUCUUGAACACUGAGAGGAAACACUCUGAAAAUGAAGGAACUUCCUCAGACUGAAAGUUUCAGAAGUUUUACAGAAAAUCGAGCUUCGAGAAAACAGAUUGGGACGUUUUAUUUCUACAAUCAGGCAGCAGUUGGACAUGUAGUUCCUGGAAAAGUCUUUAUUUCUUGUCAUGUAUGAGAAGAAGCACUAUUUUCUUUUUAGCUUGUUUUGACCACAAUGAUACUGAAGUUACUCAAACUGAUGCAGAGGAUAUGGAUGAUGCCUCGGUCAUUUAAAUAUUCUCUGAUUUCUGUGUCAUCUACGUUAAAAAAGCAGCAGUGAGGAGCUGAACAGGACAUCAGUCCAGCCACCCUCGAAGUUUAAUCUGAAAGGUCCUGCCCUGUUCAAACACUGUGCGAUAUGGAUUUUUUGGGGCCGAUGCCGAUACCGAUUAUUAGGGGGGGGGGGGGGGGGGGGGGAUCCAGUUACCGAUUAAUCGACUGAUUUUUUAAAUUUUUUUUAAAUGAAGAAAUAUAAUAAGUUAUAAUAUAUAUAUAUAUUGUAGAUAUACUGUAGGCUACUGCUCCUCAAGCCGAUAGGAAGACCGACUGAUCAAACUCGGACCAGAAUAGCAUUUUCAACUACCCCCCCAGCUGCCGAUCGGUGCCUCCGCGUCUGCCUUAGUAAGAGAAGUAGCUCGAUCACUAAUAUGUACUGUUGUUUAUUCUACCAUUACUGGCACGGCUAACAGUGUAGCAAGGCUAAUAGCAGGUGGCUAACUCUAACUUUAGCUUCUCCGUUAACUCGGCAUGACCGAGACCAGCACAGCGGGGAACAUGGUGAAGUGGGUUGAACUGAAACUUGUUGACUUAUUGUGUAUUUCACAAACUGGUUUAUUUCCCGUUGAGGUGGACCACUCUCCUCCAUGCGUCCCUGAGCUGCCUGCUUCAGAUCCUCACUCUGCUGUGCUGUGAGGGAGUUAGUGGAUGAAGAUCGUCAUGAGGUCGCUGUAGCGCCAUCUACAGGAUAAGUCUGGGAACUUUUCAAAUGGCGGAACAUUUUCAAAGUGAAACCGAAUCUUAUUCUCUGCAUUUUAUUUCUGGAAAUAUCAGCGAAAAUCGGCGAGUUUUGGCCGAUUACCGAUUAGUCUCAAACGGGCUAAAAUUUGCCGAUAAAUCGGUCGGGCCCUAGUGUAGGGUUUUGCCCAUAUCAAUAUCAUAUAUAUUCGAUAUCAUGUCCAGAUAUGCGAGAUCCUCUAUUUACAAAAGCAGGAUUAUGACUUCUUUUGGAAAACACUUUGCUGAUGAAACCCCCCAAACCAAACCCUGAAACUCCUGCAUUCAUGUUUGUCCAGUCUGUGUUAUUUUUGAGUGUAUGAUUGAAAUGAUCUUAGCACUACUUGGAUACAGAUUCAGGUCUGAAAAAUCAUUUACGUACAUGAAAACUUAAAGCUGUUUUUGACUGAAUCUGUCCUGCAGAGUUUGAUGCUGCAGAUCGCUGCGGGCAUGAUGGCACAGGAGAAGAAGGACAUCGUAGUCGCCAAAGAGAACUACAUGACUGAGCAGUGCCCCAAACCCAGCUUGAGCGGAGACCAGGCCACCCUCAUGGUGACAAACCUAACCAUUAAUACAUGCUCCAUUAGCCGUACAUUUGCAUUCUGAUGAGGAAAUUAAUGUAUCUGACGUCCACUAUUUGAUAAAGUUGUUUUACUUGUUACACGAAUGAUGUUAUUCUUUAACUGACUUUUAAAACAACAGUGAAAUGCUGUGAAAAAAAGAAGUCUUCAGUCUUCAGAGGUCCACAGAAGUGAUCAUGUAGAGGCUCUUACUAUUUAGAAAACAAAACCCAUUAAAGGGAUAUUCUGCGUAAAAUUAAUUUUGGGUCAAACACACCGUAACACCGAGUUAGACACCCCCAGGAGUAAAGAGGAGAGCAGUGAGUGAAGCAGGAGGAGAGAGGAGAGCAGGGAGAGGAGCAGGAGGAAAGAGGAGAGCAGAGAGAGGAGCAGGAGGAAUGAGGAGAGCAGGGAGAGGAGCAGGAGGAGAGAGGAGAGCAGGGAGAGGAGCAGGAGAAAAGAGGAGAGCAGGGAGAGGAGCAGGAGAGGGAGAGAGGAGAGGAGCAGGAGGGGGAGAGAGGAGAGCAGGGAGAGGAGCAGGAGAGGGAGAGAGGAGGUGGAGGAGAGAGGGGAGCAGGGAGAGGAGCGGGAGGAAAGAGGAGAGCAGAGAGAGGAGUAGGAGAUGGAGAGAGGAGAGCAGGGAGAGGAGCAGGAGAGGGAGAGAGGAGAGGAGCAGGAGAUGGAGAGAGGAGAGCAGGGAGAGGAGGUGGAGGAAAGAGGAGAGCAGGGAAAGGAGGUGGAGGAAAGAGGAGAGCAGGGAAAGGAGGUGGAGGAAAGAGGAGAGCAGGGAGAGGAGCAGGAGGAAAGAGGAGAGCAGAGAUAGUAGCAGGAGGAGAGCAGGGAGAGGAGCAGGAGGAAAGAGGAGAGCAGAGAGAGGAGCAGGAGGAGAGAGGAGAGCAGGGAGAGGAGCAGGAGAAAAGAGGAGAGCAGGGAGAGGAGCAGGAGAGGGAGAGAGGACAGCAGGGAGAGGAGGUGGAGGAGAGAGGGGAGCAGGGAGAGGAGCAGGAGGAAAGAGGAGGGCAGGGAGAGGAGGUGGAGGGUAUAAGAGAGGAGUCGGAGGAUAUAGGAGAGGAGUCUCAGGAGUCUCAGGUGCUAUCACCAUCAACAUAAAAACAGACAUGACUCUGGAGAGGAUGUCUUUGCAUUUCCACCUCCAAAAAUCUGUGAACAUUUUGUUGCUACAUCUUCAAAUCUCGGUUAAAACUUCACCAUGUCUGAUUGUUUCUGCUGAUUUACAGAAGUUGUUCUUAGGUGGGAUCAGUAACGUCUCAUUUCUUCUGUUUGUGCUGUCAGGAAACAUGCAAGAAGCUUCACGCCCUCAUCGACAAAGUUGACGAGGAGAGGUACGAUCUGGAUUCCAAAGUGAAGAAAGCUGAUAAAGAGGUACGACUUGAGGAACAUGGCGGGCCUGACAGGGUUUUACCGUUAAUGACUGUCAGCUUUUAACAUCUCGAUCCCUCUGCAGAUUGAGGACCUGAGGAUCAAGGUGGUCGACUUGGCUGGCGUGAAGAAACCCGCCCUGAAGAAGGUGCGUAUGUCAGCCGACGCCAUGCUGAAAGCUCUGCUGGGCUCCAAACACACGGUCAACCUGGACCUGAGGGCCAACCUGAAGCAGGUCAAGAAGGAGGUCAAAGAGGAGGUGAGUCUUCACAGAGGCCGAGUCUCACAGGUGCACAGAGCAGAGACGGAUAACCACGAAUCAAAUCCAUGUGACUGUUUGUGUUUUUCAGCCGGCGGAGGCGGUGGGCGACUGGCGUAAGAACAUUGAGGACAAAGCUGACAGGAAGAAGAUGUUCGAGACUUCCUAAAGGAAAUAACUUUGCUCUUGUAGUCGCUCGGAGCUGUUAGCACUUUUUAUGAAAUUUAUGGAUUUUUGCAUUCAAAAAGUACCUUUGUUUCAUUAAACCUGUCGGUUACAGCUCAGUCUGCUAUUGUACAUUUGUAAAGACGAGACGUACCGCUUCGUUUCUGAGGUAUCUGGAUGAUAUCAGACUUUUAU